CGGAAUUGGUCCAAUCGACCCGGAGACCCGGUCGACUGCCUCGGCCGCGGGCGGGUGUCGCCCAUCCGCCGCGGGCGUUGCCGAGCGGAUGGCGUCCAACUGGGCGGGGAAGGUCCGAAGCGGCUGAGACAUGCCCAUGGAGUACAGUUUGUGGUUCUCAGGCUUGAGCGCAUGUGGUGCCCUUGCUGCUUGCUUCCUGACCCUCCUGGGCAUGCUGACGCCCUGGUGGACCAUGUCGGAGCCGGACGAACUAGCGCCCAUCAUCACCGAGGUGUCACUGUGGACCACCAAUACCCGCUGGACCUUGCGCAUGGACGGUGGUGUGGAAACCCACACGGGCUGCGACUACCGCUGUAACAAGGCGCGCUUCACCAAGCCGAGGGUCUACUCGAAGUGCCAAAGUUGGGAAGACAUCAAGGAAUGGGCUCCAGAGCUGUGUAGCGCUGGUCUGGGCAGUCGCGCGGAGAGCCUGGUGACCACCACCACCGCAGAGCCCAUCCUCUACGGCUCCGAUGGGCUGCCGCUCGGGGAUCGCGGUCAACCGUUGGAAGAGCCCUACAACUUUGACAAGGAGACCAAUGUAGAUGUCUUCCAGAAUCCGGACAUCCCCUACACUUUGAAGCCGCCGGUGGCGCCCAAUACCAUUCCGAUCUCCACCUACAGGCCCUACCAGUUCGGGGCGGCGACGACCACCGUGACCGCCUUCUUCACCUACACCAUCACCCGUGUCACCAGCACGGUGCCUCCUGGAGGAGCAACCGCACAGGUGACCCCGAUCCCCGUUGCGACCACGCCGAUGCUGGGCGCAGCCUUCUGUGCACAACCCACCUGGGAGGAGAGGACCACUGCGCCCUACACGGAGUGGGAGUUGAACUUCGAAUUGCCACUGGAGAUCAUGGACCGGAUCUUUGCCCAGCUCAAUCCCUUCUUCGCUCAGGUGCCGAAAUGGCUCUUCACGCAACGGCCCCUGCGCAACGAGCAGGUUCGCCUGGUGUGGGAGGCCUAUGUCCAACGGUCUCCGCAGAUGAAAUGGCUGGGCCGUUGGCCUUGCCCCUCCGUGCCCGCCCGUCAGCUGCACUCAUGGAUCUACAGCGGCACCGUGGACCCCUUCCUGGUGCAACUGGGUGAGGAGGCUCUGAUGCCGCCCAACACCAAACCUGCGGAAUGGAGUGACUGGGCCUUGAAGGAGGCUUGGGAGAUCGAGCUCUUAGACCUGACCACCACCACUCUGGCGACGCUCCGGACUCUACAGCCGCGCACCACGCCUGCGGCGGAGCCCAACACAGCGCCGCCGACGGCGGCACCCAUGCUGCCACCGGAGCCCGAGGCCUAUCCUCCAGAUGUGACCUCCUUUGUUUCCUGUCAUUUGGCUGUCUUCGACAUGCAGAAGAGCGCCGAGGGGCCCUUCGCAUGGUUCGAGACCGAGGAUCCCUGCUUGGUCUCGGGGAACUUCGAGAAGAUCUGGAUCGCCAAGGGAUGCAUGUUCUUAGCGGUCAUCAUUUCAAUGGCCCACAGCUUCCCAGCGAUGGUGCUCUUCCUGGGAGCCAAGCAGAGGUUCGCAUGGCGCUUCCCGCAGCAGACAGGGAUGUUUAUGGCCACAGGCUGCGCCUUCUUCCAAAGUGUCGCUGUCAUUACUGCGGCCACUUCCGUGGUGAAGCCGGGCCUCAACGGUAUCGGCUUUUGGUCGACGAUCUGCGGCAUCUUGGCCAGCAUCACCUCCGCCACCUUCUGCAAGCUCUCAAAGGCGACCCUGAACAUGGAGGAGCCACCGGCACCGACCUCGGCCACCGUGGCGAUGGGAACCCGGGGGAUAGAUGCCUGGUCCCAACAAACCGCCGCUCAAGUGGAUUGGGCAAACAAGGAGUCCAAGAAGUCGACGCGUCGGGUCUAUCCAGAGACGGAGGGCAUGACCAGCGCUUCAAAUUGGACCUAUCCACAACCAGUGGUGAGUUAGCGCAGAGAGCUUUCUAGCUGCUGUUCAAGGUCUUUCAGCCGAA